CUUUUCUGAGCGUUACGGCGCCCUCCUCCUGCCCCCAGCGCGGCGCAGGCGGGGACCCACCGGUUUCGCUCCGCGUUCGCGGCAGAGAAGGGAGGACCCUAGGGAACUGGACCUCCGCGUCUGGUCGCCCAGCCCUAUUUUGGCUUGGGCCCACAUGGAGGGGACUGCAGAGUCCCAGACGCCUGACUUGCGGGACGUGGAGGGCAAGGUGGGCAGGAAGACCCCGGAAGGGCUGCUCCGCGGGCUGCGAGGCGAGUGGGAGCUGGGAACCUCUGGGGACCUGCUGCUCCCUGGGGCACCCAGCACCGGCCACAGCCUGGGGGACAAGAUCAUGGCGCUGAGGAUGGAGCUGACUUACCUUCGAGCUAUCGACGUGAAGAUCCUGCAGCAGCUGGUGACCCUGAACGAGGGCAUCGAGGCCGUUCGUUGGCUGUUGGAGGAGCGGGGAACACUGACCAGCCAUUGCAGCAGUCUCACCAGCAGCCAGUAUAGCCUGACAGGUGGAAGCCCAGGCCGCUCAAGGCGGGGCAGUUGGGACAGCCUGCCAGAUACCAGCUCAACUGACCGGCUGGAUAGUGUCUCUAUUGGCAGUUUCUUGGACACUGUGGCCCCCAAAGAGCUGGAUGAACAAGGACCCCCUGGGCCUUCCUGUCUUGAGAUUGACUGGGCAAAGGUUAUACCCAGUGAAGCCAAGACUGAGGUGGACGUAACAUCCACCAAGCUAGGGAGCUUAACGGCUCCUUGGAAGCUCCCAGGAGACGAGCUGCAAGGUGGACCACCUGAGCUAUCGGAGGAUGACAAUGUUAAGCAGGGCUUUGAGGCUCACUGGUUCUGGGGACAGUGCCAGGAUGAUGUGACCUUCUUGUAACAACUUCCCUACCUAUUUGUGCUUUGUGGCUCUUUCAGCUUGUGGCCCAAGUCUCUCUCAGUUUUCCCUCAACCUCCGACUAGACAGAAGCUAUACUGAAAUCACUUACCACAGGAGCCUGGCUUCUCUCUCUGCUCCCUGGGGAGCCUUUGCAUUUAUCCCUCAAUUAUUGGGUCCCUGGAGCUAUUUCCAUAGAGAUAUUGACUCUAGAGAACUAGCCGGUGGCUCCUGAUGUAAGGGUAUCCCACAUCCUUCCCCAGUGAGGUGAAGGUUUAUGAAAUUAGGGCUUCUAGGACAUCACUGAAGAAGAGAUGGGGGAAAUAAUCUCCUCAUCCAAACCCUGGGAGGCUGGGAUGCCUCAUAAAAGAUGGAGAAUUGGGGAAGGGCGUUCAGGACCAAACCUCCAUGGAUUGGCUCUCCUCCAUGCCUUUGGAGUUGGGAGAGGAACCCUUUGCUGUCUGCUGAGUGAUGUCAUUUCCUUUCAUGGUACAGGGAAGAGUGCUUCCUCUAUAGCAGUCCUGGUUGGUGUGUCAUAGGUCUGUAUGGAGGGUUCCUGAGUCCCUGUUGUCCUGCCAUUGCCUCCUGCGAGAGGAAACACAUCACUCUUGCUGCAGAUGUCUGUGCUGCUUUUAUCAGGUUCUUCCUUUUCAAACAUGGUGUUUUCACCCCUGUUUGGUGCUGUAAUGAUAUUCUUACCGGGUGGUGAGAAACUCAGAGGCCUCCACCUCGGCUCUCAAAUCUGCUUAGCUCACUUUCCUGGAGACCCUGUCUGGCCCUGGCCCUGUUUCUUACCUCCAGAUCCAUCUGCCAGGAGUUUAGCUGGAGCGUCUUCACGUCUCAGUGUCUUCUUUCGGCCUCUGCAUUUUUAUGUGCCUCUCGUCCCAUUGUUGUUUGGAAAUAAGGAGAGUGGAUUCUCAAGGUUCUGGGGACACUCUCAGAUGGCGGGAUGAUCUUGUUAUCUCUGACUCUGCUCACCCUUCCCUCAUCCUGGCCAGCUUCCACCAUUUGAUCAUAAGAAUGCCUUUCUCAAGUUGAAACACAAGGAAUCCCCUUGUUUGAGCUACAGUGUGGGGGUGUGGCAGGAAAAGACAGAGGCCCUGUGGUUCCUGGGCCUCAUUGCGGGGAAUAGACUGGAAAGUACUUUAGGGCAAGCCUGUGACUCCUGGACUUGAGGGGUAAUUGGUGCUGCUGGAUCCCAAGACCCUAGCUAAGUACACUGGUGAAGAAAUUCAGGGAAAUCGCCAUUCUGGGCCUCAAGGAAAGGGCAGGCCCAGAGAAGGGGUGGCAAAUGCCGUGAUUUAUACCUAAGUAAGCUGGGCACUCAGAAGGCAGAGGCAGGCGGAUCUCUAUGAAUUCCAAGCCGGCCAAAGAUAUAUACAUAGUUAGACCUAGUCUCAAAAAGCAAUCAGAGCCGGCUGGUGGUGACUCAUACCUUUAAUCCCAGCAUUUGGGAGGCAGAUCUCUGUGAGUUUGUGGCUAGCCUGGUCUACAGAGCGAGUUCCAAGGCAGCCAGGGCUACACAGAAAAACACUGUCUCCAAAAACCAAAACCCAAACCAAUAAAACAAAAACAAAGAAACCAGAGUGACUUCUUGGAGAUUAGCCCUUUGAGUCCCAGGUAGCUGCUCUGUCUUUCCAGGGCCCCGAAACUGGAUUAUACUGGAGGGGAAAGGGCGAUCUUUGUUCAGGGGACCCUCCUGAGUUGGAGGAGUCUUCCCCAAAACAGUCUUUUUCUGCUUUCCAGAAAUUUCAUUUUGGGGAAAGGAAAGUAACCAUGUUGAUUGUGCCCUCUCUCCUGUCUCCCCAGCCCAAACACCUCAAUAGUUUCAUAGCUACAGCAGUUCGGCCUCUGGCUUUCCUAUCUAUAGACCUCUCCUCCCAUGCCCUCAAAGUGAUGGCUAUGUCUACAGUGACCUCAGAUUCUUUUCCACUGUAGCUGGACUUCCUCACUGUGCCCCAAAGUUCUGGGACUCCUACUUUCUUUUCCUCAGACUGGAAUUUCAGAUGCCUUGUCUCAUUCCACACUCUGAGCCAUCUAUAGUGUUCCUUGGACAACCAACCACCUUUCCUCAUUGAAGAUACUGUAUUCUGUUUCUGAGUUACAUUUCAUCAGCUAUAAAUUUAGGAGCUGAAGAGGUUGCCUGCCUCCUUGUGGCCAUUAUGCAACAUUGCUGGAGUUGCUGGGUGAAAUCUCCAAGUUUAAAUGAAAUUCGAUCUAGCCUUUUGAGAGGUGGCAUAGAUUUGCCCAGUUCUGCCUGUUGUGAAACUGUAGCAAUGGCCUUGGUAGAGAACCUACUGCCCAGCCUACAAACCACCUCCAUCUAUAGUCACACUGCCCAGCCUGCAAACCCACAGCUCCAUCUGUAGUCACACUGCCCAGCCUGCAAACCACCUCCAUCUGUAGUCACACUGCCCAGCCUGCAAACCACCUCCAUCUGUAGUCACACUGCCCAGCCUGCAAACCACCUCCAUCUGUAGUCACACUGCCCAGCCUGCAAACCCACAGCUCCAUCUGUAGUCACACUGCCCAGUCAACACCCCAAUGCCCAAAGGAACUGAAAACUAUUUUCCUCAUUGUAAGAUCUGAGACUGAGACCUACCUGGGUAUGGUGGCACACCCCUGGCCUGUAAUCCCAGCACUUGACAGGUGGAUACAGAUUAGGGGUUCAAAGUCAUCUUCAACUACAUAGCUAGCCUGGAACUUGUGGGCAAUCCUUCUGCCUCAGCUUCUUGAGUGCUGUAAUUAGAAGUGUGAGCCACCACACUUGGGUUUGGAUAUCCUGUCUUAAUACCUUUAGACUCUAGUUCAUCAUCUGAAGAAUCCAAGAGUCACAGAAAAUGUAUCCCUGGUCUUUCCUACAUGCCUCUAGGCUGCCUGGAUGAGGCCUGGUUGUCUUAUUAGCGUCAACUUUUAUGACUAUAAAUAGGAGCCGUUUGGGAGCUCAGAGAAGUGAGAGAUGCAGAGACACAAGAAGAAAGGGAAGCAGGGUGAAAGUCUGAUCUCCAAACUCAAUGCCAAGAUGGUAGCUGGGGAAACAGAAUCUGGGAGGGGGAAGAUGGGUCUGUCCAGGGGACCCGAGACCAUUGGAGAGGUCAGGUGUUGUGUUUCAAGGGAGCUGGGGGAGGUUAGGCUAAACCUUAGGUUGAAUGGAAGAAGCUGAGUGGCAGUUUCAGUUAGAAAUAUUUGUGGUUACAGUGAGCACAAGCGCAUUGUGGUUAUGGUGCCAGGUUCAUGCUGAGUAUUCAAUUGCACCCAUUCAAAGAAUAAAGAAUGUGUGUGGGCCCACAGGGAAAUGUAAUGCAUAAAAAGAAAAUUAACCUGGUUUAUACAUUAAGCAUUUUAAAACAUGGUUUCUUAAUCCUAUAAACAGCCCCUUGUUACCAACAUAUUGUUGAAUAGAAAUUUGCUAAUUUCAGAUCGGUAACAAAUGAGUCAUGGUGCACAUCAAAGUCAGUGUGAUUGUAAGGUCUUCCGUGAAAUCCGUGCCUCCCCACUAAGCCCUCACAGCCACUCUUUUCUUACUCUCCUAGGAGAUCAGCAGUGUCUUGGUUUGCUGUUGCUGAUGUAAUGGAUUACCACAAAUUCUAGUGGCUUAACAGCCAGUUAGGCUGGGCAUGCUGGCACAUGUUGGCAAUCCGAGCCCUCGGGGGGCUGGGGCAGGAAGGUUUGAGGCCAGUCUCAGAAAAGGAAUCAGACUUGGGUGGGAGGAGGGCUUCUUCAGGCUGGGUCCCUGACAGUCUCUCCUUUCCAGGACCACUGUGGCCUGCUCCUCCAGGCAGAGGUAAUUACAUUCCCAACAGACUAAACCAGGCUCUCCCUGGGACUCACACACAUCUCCUUUUUAAAUGUUUUUUUAUUCCUUAGUGGUUAAUUAUCGCUGAUUCUGGAUCCAUAUUUUUCUUUUUUUAGUUCCUGAUCCCAGUCUCAAUCUUCUCUUGGACAUAGGCAUACACUCAAAUGUGUCAACAUAUGUUUGGAAAUGUAUCUUUAAGUAUAUAUGUGUAUGUGUAUAAUAUGAUUGUAGGCUUUUACAUGUUUAUUAUGUAUAUAUAGUGUACUUUGAUAGUAAAGUAACUUCUCUAAUGACUUGCUCUUAUAUUUCCAUGACUUAACACAAUCUAAGACUUAUUUGUCAGUAAUUUCACGGAGUAUGGAUAUUUCUGGUUGGAAGCUCUCCUCCUCCCUGCCCAUGUUAGUCCCCACACUCCGUCCAGUUUCAGAUGGUGAUAUCCUGACUCCUGCACCAUACACUUUCCCGCCAACUUUUAAACCAAGUUGUUUUGCCAUCCACUGAUGAUCCUUUUAUUUCACUGGGAUUACAAAACUAUCAUUUCCUGACAUUAUUAGUAUACCUUUAUUUAUUAGCUCUAACUCUGUACAGAAAAACUUCAUAGCUCAGGACCAUUUAGCUACCCUGAA